UUGAACACCCUGUAAUAACUGUAUACUCAUUUCAUGUUCAAAUUCAUUUUACGCAAAUCUCGGCUAAACGGUAUCAUAAUAAACAGCCCCUUGCUGUUGACUAUUAAGACAAUAGUUAAGAGAAUAAUGAAGGUUAAUGACCUGUAUCUCGCUAGCUGUGGUCACGGUGCGAAAAUUUGAAGUUGAAAAGGCCUACAAGAGGUUUACACAACCGGCCAUUGGCAAAUAAACACGUCGAACAUGUUUUUUCGUCAUUAUUUUGGCGAUUUGACUGUCGUAAAGCCGAGUGGCUUCGCUGAAUAUUCCAUACACUUUGCUAAAUAUACCACCGAUCAGAAAUACCGGUAAUAUAACACCACAUGCAACCAAAUGUUCUGCAUUAAAUUCGGCGUGUAUUGUGUUAUUGUCAUUUUCUUUAACGGGACUUGGUCAGUUGGUCGUAUAUGCAAAUCUCGAGCGGAUUCUUCAAGAUGGGUCGCAGCAGGAUUAUGUCUUUGAGUUUUCUUUUAUUGGUUUUCGUGGCUAUGAUGACUGUCACUAGAGGCCAAAAUAUAUCUACGGGGGUUACAGCUAGUUCGCUGAGCACUGAAAUCUUUGACUUUGACACGUCUGGUUCAGGAAUGCCAGAGACAACAGAGGCCGCGACUACCACAGUUACUACAACGCAAAUUACUACACCAACAAUACAAACUACCAUGCCAUUAGCAGCACAUUGUUCACAGCAAGUCGAAUGUUCUCACGAUGGUAUGGCCUUCACUGGAAAGGGUUACGCUCAAUACAAAAUAAAAAAAGGUUUUGAUAGAAAGGGAGGAGUCUCUUUUGAAUUCAGGACAUUUGCAAGCAAUGGUAUUCUGUUUUUCUCGGCGGACUAUUUUCAACGUGAUUUCAUAUCUUGCUUUUUACGCUACGGAAAAGUUUAUUUUGCAUUCAAUACUGGAAGUGGGAAUAUUUAUCUUUCAACUCGAAAUGUCGUCAACGAUGGAAAAUGGAGAAAAGUGACCGUUUAUCGAGAAAAUCGCGAUGCGCUUCUCAAAGUCGAUGACGAAGUCGUUAGGAGACGAAGUGCGUUAGAAAAUGGUCUUAGUGUUAUCAAUGGAAUGAACUAUUUGUAUUUCGGGGGAUACUUUACCAGAGUGCAAAGAUGGACAAUUAGGGGAUAUGGUCCGUUAUCAAGUAAGUUUCAGAAGAAAGCAGCCCUUCCGAUCUCGGCAUGUUUCCGCAAGCUUACUUGGCACGAUGGCGAAAGAUUUCCAAGCAAACCUUAUUUCGAAAAGUUCAUGACAAAUUGUUGUGAAGAACAAAAAGAGAAAAGCGUACACUUUGGUGGUGUUAAUAGUUACAUUACUUUAGCGGAAGAUUUCUUUGUUGGUCGAAAAAUCAUGUUUACGAUGAAUAUCAAACCCACAUCCUCCACUGGCCUCCUCUUUGCUUUUGUAAAUCCGUUUUUUCCAUAUUUUGGCGAUUUUGUUGUCUUGGAGCUUAACAAAGGAAGUGUUGUUGUUAGAAUUCAAAAUGGCGAUGGUGUCAUAGAAACAGCCUGGAAACCAAGCGAUGGCGCGACAUUGUGCGACGGAAAGUGGCAUAAAAUCAUCGUCUCCAAAGUCAACUCGAUGGUCACGCUUCAAGUCGAUAACAAUAUGCGUUCGAAGCAAAAGAAAGAUGGACUGGGAAUUACGAACGAAAGGAAUCGUUUGUACGUCGGAGGAGCGCCUGAAAAUCUCUGGUCCUAUGGAAUUAAAGUGAAGACAUCCUACCAAGGAUGUAUUAAGGAUUUCAAAAUCCGGUGGAAACCAUCUUUAGACUUGUUCAGUCCGGUCUCAAUUUCCAAUGGUAUUUCAAUGUAUGGCUGUCCGAUUGUUGAAACCAACGACGCGUUUGCAAUAAAAUGAAAUACAAAUGAUCGAGUUGUUGAAAGGUCAUAUUUGUAUCCUUUUAACUUGUUCAAUGUUCGUUCAUAUUACCCUAAUCAACAAUACAUCAUAUAUUAAUCAAUUUUCCCCUUUGCAUUGAUAUAUUUUCACUGACCUGCAAGACGUAAAGUAAAUGACGCAAUCUCGGAUUAAUUCUGGGGGAGUUUAGUUUGAGAAGCUGAAUAGCUUUUAUUGUAUUCCAAGAGCGUAAAUAUAUGUACAUGUUUUAAUGUUGUGUAAGUUUCAU